UCUCGCUCCCUCCCUCCCUCUCUCCCUCGCUUUCGCUUAGCCGUCAGCACCACAACCUUCGUGCUCGUGUUCAUGCCGAUCUUCGCGUUGAUGAUCCUGAAUUCUGAGUCAGCAGGGCAAUGAGGUACACAUUCAAAUCGGAUGACUGCAUGGUCAUCACAAUCCCCCUCCAGAACAUCAGGAAUACUAGAGAUGGCCAGCUGAUGCCUGAGAAGUUCACCUGCGUGUUCAAGGACAUGUACAAGGUUUUUCUGAAGGGACGACCGAAGGCUCUGGGAGCGGCGCAGAUCACCACUGGAGUUUUCAUCCUGUGUCUCGGGGCCGUUUUUAUCAGCUCCUACGGCAGCACACACGCCUCCCACAUUGUGCCCAGCUCUGUGUUUAUAGCGUGUGGCAUUCUGACCUAUGCAGCUGGAUAUUCUCCACUGAUGCCUGUGAUGAAAAUGUCCUUCAUCUUCAAUGUCAUCGGCCUUUUCUGGGCCAUCGCAGCUCUUGCUCUUUGUCCUCUGAUAGAUUCUUAUGAUCGGCCAAAGACCGAUAACGAUAUGUACAUUGGGCUAAAAGGUGUGCUUGUAGCGCUACAUGCGGUCCAGUUUAUCCUCGCUGCAGUGCUCAUCUAUUGGGAGAGUAAAGCUGUCUGCAGAGUGCAUUUCAACACCCUGCCCAUGAUCACACUGAAGCAGGACCAGUGAGCUGCCGAGGACGUCAGACUGAAAACCAAAAAUUCAAUAGAGGAAGCACCUCAGAUAAGCUUAGUGCUCAUUAUAGACUCCCCACUGUGUUAUCAGCAGAUUAUUUAUACGCAAUUGAUUUACAUCUGCAUACAGUCUUAGGAAUAAAGCUUCCUAAACCAACAUGCAGCUCAAAAAAAAACCUUUAACUGGUGAAGAACCUUCACGUUGCAUAAGGGCUCUUUAAAUAUCAAAGGGUUUAACAGCUUAUUUACAAAUAGCUUCCAUUAAAAAGGCUCUUUAGCCUCUUUUCACUGAAGAUAAACUCAGUUCCUGCCCGUUUCGCCAUGUUUUUCAAUAACAUUGACAGGAUUUAUUUCAAUAGAAGUGUGCAUGAUUUACAAAUGAGCUAUAUUUUCAUCUUCGUAGGCGAGCGAGUCGACAUUUCUAUAAGUGUGUUUAUUGUGUUUGAAAACUGUUUAUUGUGUCGGCUGUACAGGACUGUUGAUAUGAUGAAAGCUGCCGUUUUAUCUCGGUACGGCCAUCUGUGUGCAGUCGUAUGAAUAGUUUUUCACAGCAGGGGUUUCUCACCCUCCCCUUUCACCCCUCAUUGCUCACUAGCAGCUCAGCACAGUCACACAGAGAGACAACAGAGAUCUAGAUCUUCUGAUAAUAAAAAGAAUUAUGCAUUUAUUCAUUUAUGCAUUACGCUAAUUAAAAAUGGACGAGUCAGUGUCCAGUCUGCCAGUGAAUGGUGUUGCAGAAAGAGGUUAUGAGUGUAUUUGUUUCCUUCUGUUUACUUUUUUGUUUCAGUGACUUAGCGACUCUGUAGUUCAAUUGGGCUCCAGCCAAAAUCAUGAAAACUGAAAUUCCCUCACUUUUUUUGUGCACACACGCCAUACAGUCCACAUACGGAAACUACACUGCAAAAAAAGCCUGUUUUGAAUUCUUUGUUUUUGCGAUGCUGCAAAAACAAACAUGUAGGCUAUGUCCCAAUUCAAGGAGGUGCAUCCUUCAAAGGCCUGUGGUCUAUGAAGGCAGUGUAGACCCACGAAGGCUGAACCGAAAUGAGAUGGUGUGCUCUAUGGCAGAUUUCCUGUUUGAGUUCGGUGUUUCAGCACCGCUGUUCCCGCCCUUACUGCUGCGUAACUAAAUGCCACUCCUGUCAAGUUCUUUUAACAUGGACUCAGAAACUUUGAUUUAGUUUUUUUUUUCCAUUUAUUAGAGCUGGGGAUGCUUCUCUCUGUCGGCUCUUUGCUCCCUAAAACAAAACGAAAUAUUAGUGUAAGUUUAGCUUCAGACCUCAUUGGCUUUUUGAACAUUAGUGUCAUUGGCUAUUCGACUCAGUUUAAACCCAGUAUUUACAUUUAAAGUGUCUCCUCCGCAGCCGUUCGCUCCUCUGCUCGAAUCCUCGCCAGCACACAAUUAACCUCGGGAUACGUUGGCUGGUGAAGGCUCUUUAGAGAGGUAAUGAAGCUUGUUGAGUGAGGUUUACUCAAUUUUGCUGUAUUUGGCAGGAGAACUGGAGUAGCUGCACUUUUUCUGAGUGUAUUUAGAAAAUAAAUCACACAGCAUUGAUACAUCAGAUCUCCAGAAUGGGAAUUUUAUAGGACAAAGAAAACGUCAGUUUGAGUUAAUAUAAAGAAAUUUCAUUCAAAGUCAUUUUUGACCGUUUCUGUCGGUCCAUCCAUCAUAAAAUUUAACACAACGUAAACAGCAGUGUUUUCAAACACUGUAAAAUCAGUGACGGGAGGUUUUGCUCUGAUAUGAAACGCUGGUUAAAGCUCUUCAUUUACUUAAAUGUUUAAAAAAACAUAUAAAAGAAGGAAAAAACGAAGGUUUCAUUUAACUGUGUUCUGUAAGCUGUACAUGCGUUAUUACCACUUUGUUUUUGUUUGAAGCUUUUUGUUUUUCUGUGGAAUUACAUGCACAUUUAGUUAUUUAGUCAUAGAACGAGUAGUGUGGUGUGAUUUAUGUACUGAAUGAUGUCUUGACUACUUGUUGACACAUUUAAACAAGAGGACUUGGUUUGUUUUUACUUAUUUUUCAGAUUUAUUGUAUUUGCAUUGCUGUUCAAAUUUGUUCAGUUUUUUCUGAUUUUCCUGGGUUUUUGUUGUUUUGUUCUGUUUGUUUUUUUUUCAGAUGUUUUUAUCUUUUUUCUUAUUUUAACAUUAUUUUGGCUUCAUAAACCUGCUCUGUAGUCUUUCUGACAGAGAGAGAAAGAGAGAGAGAGGGGUGUGAGAUAGGAAAAUGCUAACGAGGUGUGAACAUUUCAGCAUUUCCGCUUCGUGACGUCUUUAUCUGCCACCGCAGCUGCUGAUGUCCAGACGAGGUGAAAAAACAUUCAGAAAUAAAUGCCAACCACAAGAUCUUUAAAAGAAAAGAAGAGCGAAGAGAUCAUUACACCUCGCUUCGAUUAAAGAGGGAGAGGAAGCGAAGAGCCAGAAUGGACUCGUCUGUCGGUGCCAAGUGGAAAAAGACAAACAGGAUGGAAAGAAAUAAGAAAGAAAAGAAUGAAGUGGCGUCAUAAGAUCUCUGAUACGGAACAGAGAGGUGUUUGUCAGUAAAGCUCUGAAUAAUACUUUAAACAGUCUGUAUGAGUGUAAGUCUGUUAUGCUGAAUGUAAUAAAUGUGUGUGUGUGUUAAUAUCUUUAAAAUGGAAGCCAUAUAAUUAAAGUAAAAAAUGAAAACCAA